AUGAUUUGAACCAAUGGAAAAAUCAAAUCCUCUGCCAUUUCUAUCCAUUAUUGUUCUUCUUCUUCAUGUCUCUAACUCUAUGGUAACCCCAUCAAGAGAGUCCGCGUAUGGCACUUUUCUUCAGUGUCUUAAAAGACACACAAACCAACAAGAUCAAGUUUCCAACAUAGUCUAUGCCCCAACAAAUGCAUCCUACAACUCUCUACUUCGAAACUUAGUUCGAAAUGCCCGGUUCAACACCCCCUCCACCCCAAAACCUUUACUUAUUUUCACCCCUCUGCAUGAACAUCAAGUACAGGAUGCAGUGGUUUGUGCCAAAAGCAUUGGUGUUCAGCUCAAAAUCAGGAGUGGGGGCCAUGAUUUUGAUGGUGUUUCAUAUGUCUCUGAGGUGCCCUUUAUUAUCCUUGACAUGUUCAGCUUUCAGAAUGUCACUGUGGAUAUACAAAAUGAGAUUGCUGUGGUUCAAGCUGGUGCAAGUCUUGGACAAGUUUAUUACAGGAUUUGGGAGAAGAGUAAGAUUCAUGGGUUCCCUGCAGGAGUUUGUCCAACUGUAGGUGUCGGUGGCCACUUGAGUGGAGGAGGGUAUGGUGACAUGUUAAGAAAAUAUGGCCUAUCUGUUGAUUAUGUUAUUGAUGCCAAAAUUGUUGAUGUCAAAGGUAGGAUUCUUAAUAGGAAAUCUAUGGGGGAAGAUCUUUUCUGGGCCAUAAGAGGAGGGGGAGGUGCAAGUUUUGGAGUCAUAUUAUCAUACACAGUUAAGCUAGUUCAAGUACCAGAAAAGGUUACAGUUUUUCAAGUUGACAACACUUUGGAGCAGAAUGCCACUGAUAUUGUUGUCCAGUGGCAGCAGGUUGCUCCACAUACAGAUGAAAGGCUUUUCAUGAGGCUGCUCUUGCAACCUGUGACUGUGAGUUCUAAGGUUAUAAAGAAGCAGAAAACCAUUAGAGCCUCAGUUGUGGCUUUGUUUCUUGGAGGGGCUGAUGAACUUGUAACAAUGUUGGAGAAGGAGUUUCCUUUGCUGGGACUAAAGAAGGAAAUUUGUAAGGAAAUGAGGUGGAUUGAUUCUGUGCUUUGGUGGGCUAAUUAUAACGAUGGUUCCUCACUGAAUGCACUGCUUGACCGAAACCAUUACUCAGUGCAUUCCAACAAAAGGAAAUCAGAUUAUGUGAAGACACCAAUUUCAAAAGAUGGGUUGAAAUGGAUAUGGAAGAAAAUGAUUGAAUUGGGAAAUGUUGGGCUUGUUUUCAAUCCUUAUGGGGGAAAAAUGAAUGAGGUUACUUCUGAUGCUACACCUUUUCCUCACCGUUCAGGGAAUCUGUACAAAAUUCAGUACCAUGUGAGUUGGCAGGAACAAGGAGCUGUUGCAGACAAGAAUUUCAUUGGUCAGAUUAGAAUGCUAUACAGUUACAUGACCCCAUUUGUGUCUAAGAAUCCAAGGAGUGCCUACUUGAAUUACAGGGACGUUGAUAUUGGUAUCAAUAGUCAUGGUUUAAAUAACUAUGAAGAUGGGAAGGUUUAUGGUAUCAAGUACUUCAACAAAAAUUUUGAAAGGUUGGUGAAGGUUAAGACUGCAAUUGAUCCAGAAAACUUUUUCUGGAAUGAACAAAGUAUCCCAACACUUCCAAGCAAGGCAUAGGGAACACAAC